ACAACAUAAUCACAGAACCUCAGAAGAUCAAAACAGCAAUAUAGAAAUAUUUCAAAAACUGGACAAAGCUAAACUCUACCCAAACAGAACUAUGGCAAGAAUGAGCAAAAGAAUACAAACCUAUCCAAACGAUUGA